AUACCACCUCAACAAGCUGGCAAACCUUCUUCACAGUGCCGGCAGCUGGACUGCACCAAAAAGACAAACAGCACCAUCCACAUAAAGCAGAUCUCUACAUCAUCCAAAUAAGGGCUUGAGAAAAGCCAGCAAAGGGACAAGGAGUACUAGCGAUUUCAUGAGCUUUGAAACAAACCCAAGGCAUGCUAUCCAGCUGCACCUAACACACAACUUGCAAGCCACGUGUAAAACAAGCCAGCCGGGCAAAUACAUGGCAUCUCUCGCCCUCAACGCCCCUCGACUGCUGACUUCAUAGCUUAUUGGAGAAACAGGAGCCUUGCCUAUCUCGGUAGGCCUGGACAAGGAAUACCCCUUCUUGAUGGUCCAGACCCAGAAAGUGCUGACAUGAUCCAAACUUUCUGCUCACUACCCUCUGCCCCUCUCCAACCUCCUAAAAAUAGCAGUCGUAAAAUGUCCAUCAAGGCACGGUGCCUCCUGUCACUUUGCCCUAAGAAAGCUAAAGAACUCACCAAGGGGAGGGGCAGCUUCCUUCUGACACCUAAUCCAGGCAAUGCCGUCAGCACUGCCAGAUAAAUAGGGGGGAGAAAGGCCAGGAAAGCAGGACCACUCUCAGAGACCUCUCAGCUAAUCCCUCCAGCCCGUCUGCCGCUCUACUUUUCCAACUCUCAACCAUGUCCUUCUCACCUGACGAAAUCAAUGACUUCAAGGAGGCCUUCCUCCUCUUCGACAGGACUGGUGAUGCCAAGAUUACCCUGAGCCAGGUCGGUGACAUCGUUCGGGCACUGGGACAGAACCCCACAAAUGCUGAGAUCAACAAGAUCCUGGGCAACCCCAGCAAAGAGGAGAUGAAUGCCAAGAAAAUAACUUUUGAAGAGUUCCUGCCCAUGCUGCAAGCAGCUGCUAACAACAAAGAUCAGGGUACCUUUGAAGACUUUGUUGAAGGUCUGCGUGUUUUCGACAAGGAAGGCAAUGGCACAGUCAUGGGGGCUGAACUCCGCCACGUUCUGGCUACACUGGGAGAGAAGAUGACAGAAGAGGAAGUAGACGAACUGAUGAAAGGUCAGGAAGACUCCAACGGCUGCAUCAACUAUGAGGCAUUUGUAAAGCACAUCCUGUCUGUCUAAGUGGACAUCCUCACAUAACAAAUGAACAAGAUGAAUUCGGAAACACCAGAUGGCACCUAAAAUCUGCCGAGUGAAAUUCCUGCUCUGGCAGUCAUCAUCAACAUGGAAAAUGCAUAGGACUGGACAAUAUGCCUCCAAACCCACUAUUUCUUUUCUAUUUUUAUUCUAUUUUUUAACCAGUGCAUCCUUGGGCAUUGCCUCUGGGUCACUUCCAAAAACUGAACUUGCACCAGGGAGAGUUAGAUGGAACAACUGCUACCGUCCAGCAUUCAUCCAUCCCAAGCAUCUCUUUCCAUGUUGUUUCCCAUGAAAGAAUGUAAACUUUUUGGAAAAAAUCAAGUAUUAUUAAAUCCCUGUUGUCACUUUGA